AUGUUGAGUAAAAUGAAAUCGUUCUUUGUUGUACUACUUUUAUGGACUUUUCUGUUUGAAGUGGGUCAGAGUUCACCUCACACGUGUCCUAGUGGCAGUCCAAAUGGAAUUUACCAGCUGAAGCUGCCAGGAGAAGAACCUUUCCAAGUGACCCAGUGCAAAACGACGGCCAGAGAUUGGAUUGUCAUUCAAAGACGACUAGAUGGAAGUGUUAAUUUCAAUCAAUCGUGGCUUAGUUACAAAGAUGGAUUUGGCGAUCCGAAUGGCGAAUUUUUCAUCGGUCUGCAGAAGCUUCACCUGAUGACUAGGGAACAACCACACGAGCUUUUCAUUCAAUUGAAGCAUGGUACUGGCACUACAGUAUACGCUCACUUUGAUGACUUUCAAGUGGGCAGUGAAACUGAAUCAUACAAACUGGAAUGGGUGGGAAAAUAUUCUGGAACAGCUGGCGACUCACUUAGAUACCACGUAAAUAAAAGGUUCUCCACUUUUGAUCGUGAUAAUGAUGAAUCUAGUAAAAAUUGUGCAGCCGAGCAUGGUGGUGGUUGGUGGUUUCACUCUUGUUUAUCAAGGUAA